UUUUUGCUGAAAGACGCAGUACAAGGAAAAUGUAUUGUGUAGGGUUGCCUUGGAAACAGCGCUGUAAGAAGAAGAAGCAGAAGCAUGGCGAAUAGAGCGGGCAGAAGGGAUACCCGGACCCGGACGCCUACUGAGCGAAAGAAAUCAAAGGGUCCCGAACAGCCCACCCCACCUGUAGAGGAAGAACCUGAGCCAGACUCCAGCAAUAUACUGAAGGGAGAUGAGAUCCAGGCACUAGCAAUCAGAUUGGAAGAUCUCGAGAAGAUUCACCCACCUCGUGUUUCUAAAGAAGAGCAAAAUAUUGCUGGAACUAACCAUGUUUUGGUUCGGAAGCAUAACGCAGAGGGAAGGAAGAGACGUCUACUUGUGGCCCGCCCUGCGCCUCCUGAGUUGGAGACUAGAGAUCUGGUAUAUUUAGGGAAUGAAUUCAGUCUGUCUGGAUCACAGAACCAAAUUCAACCACACAGCAUCCUGGGAACUCUGCAAGACUUGAAAAGAGUUGCUUCAGCACGGGGAAAUAUGCAGGUAGCCGAACUUAUUCCUGAGCCUAUCCAAAUGGGUUUCAGAAAAUAUGAAAAAAUGGGGCUUCAACAGAACAAAGAUGAUUCAGUGCUCCCUAUAAAACAAGACAGCUCUCUGAUCAACUGGCAACAUCACAUGAGCCUGAGAAAGCAGCAGGUGGAGACACUGUCCCGUCGGCUGGGUAAGCCUGCUGAUAGCCUUGUUAUGAACCUUGGGGAGGGUUUCCGAAGUGUGCAAGAGGAGAAACAACUGAUUGACCUCAGCAUCUCAGCAGCGGAGCAUGGAAAGGGCCGGCAGCUUGGGAGCGAGUUCUGGAAGUUGCCUCAGCGCAUUGGGGAUGAGCUUAGUGGCUUAACAUUGACCCUUCCCAGAAGUGAUCGUGGUUACCCAGUACCAAUCACUCGUAUUGGCAAACCGCAUAACGUCAAGGAAGAAACAGGUGCUACACUUCGCUCAGCAUAUGACCGCAGUUGGGAUAAGAGUCUUUACCUUGAGCAGCGGCGACACGAGUUGAGAGCUGUCAUGGAGGAGCUGAACUUUCCCAAGCCAGACAUCGAUGGAUUGGAAGUGAUUGGACAUGGGCAUCCCUUCACCUCAGUAUCUGCAGAACAGUUCCCUUUGAGUGAAGAACCAGAGGAAGCUGUCUCAGAAGAGAAAGAGAACAUGGACCCCCUGAAAGACUUUCCUGAUGUGGUGCCGGAAUUUGUUUUGGGCCCUUCGCUAAUCUUCUGUGGGCAGCUGGCACAAUGGGUGGAGGAUGAUGUAUCACACAGGGACAAAGUUGGCAUUUCUACACGCAUCACCUUUGAAGCACUGGCCGGAGAAAAAGCCUCCUCGGUCCUGGAGGUGGUAAACAAUGGAAGCGCUGCAAUAUGGUACGAAUGGAGACGCCUGCCACCUCCUGCUCGUCUUCAAAGGAGUCGGAAAGAGCCCAGAGUGCAACGUUUCUACUUUAAUACUAGCUCUGGUGUGAUCCUGCCUGGAGAGACUCGGAUUUUCCCCUUUCAUUUUAAAUCUCCAACUGCUGGGAUCUUUGGGGAGAACUGGGAAUUCUGUACCCAUCCCGUCUUAUUAGCUGGGGCCCUGCUGGAAGUAUCUCUUUGGGGCAUUGCUCUGCAUGAAGAUAAAACGGCGCCACUCAGGGAAGCUUUGCAGAGAGAAUUGGAAGCCCGGGAAGCUUUGGUGGUAGCACAACACAUUGUUGAGGAGUUGCUGGAAGGCGUUCGGAGUCCUGAGCGCCCACAAUCUCCUGUCAGAAGUGUUACUGAGGAGGAGGCUUUCAGCACAGUAAACCCAAAGUUAUAUUAUAAGCAUCAGACGGUGCAAGAGCUCAAACACUUAUGGGACCUCCAUACCACUAUACCUGCCCAUGAGGAGAGCAGAUCUGUCUCUAGUUCCCUGAUUGACUCUCUUAAGCUGCUCGAUGGUACUGAAGAGACUCACGGGCCCCAAGCAAACACUGAUGAAAGCAGCCACUGCUGGAACUUGUCAGUAAAGGAUCUGAAACAGGCAGCGGGUUGCAUAGCAGAGGAUGCAGAAAGAGAAAUGUUUUUGUCUCAGAUCAAUAAGAACAUUGCUGAGCUGACUGUGCCGCCACAGGAUGUAGGAGUGGACCUUUUGCACCAAGCAAGUUUGCAGCUGUGGCGUGAGGCAGUGGACGAGAUGGUGGAGCGAUCUUUGCAACUGCGCAGCUUACUAGGAAUGCCUGAGAAGGAUGUCUUUGUAGAAUCUUCCACACUGGAACCAGGCCUAGACCAAAAACCCACCAAAGCAGGAAAGGAAGAGAAAAAAGGAGGGAGUCUCAAGGAAGAGAAGAAGACAUCGCCGGUGAAGGAUAAAGAAGAAAAGAAAGCAGGGAAGGCAGGGGCAAAAGAUAAGGAGGAUCGUCCCAGCAGCAGGAAGGCAAAAGGAAAAGAUGAGAAGAAAUCACUGAAGUCUUCAUUAGGCAGUGAGAGCAAUGAGUUGAUAUCAUCAGGAGAAAGCCUGGAUCCUAGUCCUCUUGGCUCCCAGCUCUGGCAAGUCGAUCCAGUUUUGCAAAGGAAGUAUGAGGAGAAUAUGUACCUUGAGGCCUAUGGAAUCCUUGUGCGAGUGAUAGAGGAUAUGGUAACUGCGGCGGAAGACUUGACACCUGGAGACUCCACGAUGGAUGAAGAGGACUUUCCAGAGAGUUUGUUGUACAGAAGAAGAACUGAUCAUGCAAGUGACAUACAAACCUCUCUGUAAAUGGCUUAAAGGGGCAGUUCAGCUUUAAGAAUCUAUUAGUAUGCCGUAGAAUGCCCUAUUCUUUGCAUCUUUUCAGUUCUUUGUCUUCUGCCAAAAACCUAUUGCCCUGUGAGGCUAUAUUGUAGUGUUACUUUUUAUUACCUUUCUAUUCAUGCCCGUGCCAGGCUUAAGGUUGAGGGCACUCGAGGCGUGUUCCCACCCCCCUUCCCAAUACUUGUGCACACCCCCAACCCCGUGCACGUACACAUGUGACUUGCACACAAAGGCCAAGAGAUUCAGAAUCAGGGCUGGGACUAAAGGUAGGCAGAAGAGGCACGUGCCUAGGAUGCAAUGGUGGGGGAGUGCUGGGCCCGUAGUGCUUCUGCUUGCCUUCCCCUAGUUUUGGCCCUGGUUGCCACCCUCUGUCAUUCAAAGCUCUGGUUGGUAGGGUCAAUUAAACCCUAGAAACCAGAUAGCUUCUGCAAUUCCAAACAGGAGAGCUUCUGAACAUUAAUCAUUAAAAACCAUGAAAAAUGAAUAGCAAUACCCAGCUAUCCCUGUCCACAUCAUAUUAACAGUUAAUUAAAGCUGCUCUACCCCUUUAACACCAGUGCUAAAAUGACUCUAGCAGUUUGCUGUUUCCUCUUAUUGCAUCAGCGGUGGUAUUACCCAAUGUAAACUCCAGACUCAUUGGCGUCACACCCAGCACUAUGUAUAAUAUAUUCCAUAUAAGAAAGUAGUGACAGUGCCUUCUACACCCAAAAUGACUUUAGCACCGGCAUGGCAGCUUCACAGCCGGGGAUUACUGACUGCUACGCUGUGUAACCUUGUUGCCUUGAUUUUGUUUUUUCACGCCAGUUACAGAAAUAAACCAGAAUGAGCAGGCUGUAGGCAAGGAUGGAACAGAGGGUGUGUUAGCAAUGCACCUUAAAACCAUUUGAUGUGUAUCAGCCUUGCAACACAGCACUCAUGCCAAGGAUACACACGCGGGGGCCAUGUUUGUGCACCAGCUAGAGGAUUCCGGUUAAGCAUCCCUGGCUUUUAUUGUGCCGAUGAUAAACCGAUGAUGAACUAGAAAAGCUGCUGCGGACGUUACAGUGACAGGUCAAGUGUCAGUGAUAGCAGAAUGAUUAACCAGACGGAUCACACCAGAGCCAAGUACAAAGCACCACAUUCUGUUUCUUUUUAAUGCACUGCAACCUCCCUGGGUGUCUCUGCCGCAAUUUAUAAUGGAAACAUCAAGGUCUCCAGCAUGUAAACAAUGUUGAUGACAGGCUCUCUUUCCUAUAAAGACCUCCAGGCCCUCCUCAUCUGUACCUGUCCAUACCUGUCAGGCCUGACCUGUUCUUAUCUGCACCUGUGCUGUUGCCUCAAUAAAGUGUGUAAUAACAAACA